GUUGUUACAAGUUGUAAAUACAAAACAAAUGGCGACAUAAACGUCAUUUUCCUGAAUAAGAAAAUUACAGUCAUAUACACUUUCAGGACGGAUUACCUUUAUUCUGGUGUGGCCAACAGUUUUUCUGGCCUCAUGAACCUCGCAACUAAAACCGGGGACGAACAGUCUGACCUCCUGUUUGUGAAUUUUAAUCAAGACUGCACAUCUUUAGCUGUUGGAACAAGGACAGGAUACAAAUUAUUUUCUUUGAGUUCUGUGGAUAAAUUAGAACAAAUUUACGAUAAUGAAAGUGAAGACAUUUGUAUAGUGGAGAGACUUUUCUCCAGUAGUUUAGUUGCCAUAGUUAGUUUAUCAUCACCAAGAAAACUCAAAGUGUGUCACUUCAAGAAAGGAACCGAAAUAUGCAACUACAGUUACUCCAAUUCAAUAUUAGCUGUGAGGCUGAACAGACAGCGGCUGAUAGUAUGUUUAGAGGAGAGUUUAUACAUUCACAACAUACGAGACAUGAAGGUCUUGCACACGAUUCGGGACACGCCCCCUAACCCCCAUGGACUGUGUGCCCUGUCCAUCAACAAUGACAACUGCUUUCUGGCCUACCCCGGCAGUAACCAGAUUGGAGAAGUGCAGAUUUUUGACACAAUCAAUCUGAGGGCUGUGGCCAUGAUCCCCGCCCAUGAUAAUCCUCUGGCCUCACUUGCAUUCAAUGCUCAAGGAACCAAACUAGCCACAGCUUCCGAAAAGGGUACAGUGAUAAGAGUGUUCUCAAUACCUGAUGGACAGAAAAUGUUUGAGUUCAGAAGGGGUGUAAAAAGGUGUGUGAGUAUAUACUCCAUGGCCUUCAGUGCAGAUUCCUUGUUUCUGUCAGCCUCCAGUAACACAGAAACCGUGCAUAUAUUCAAAUUAGAAGUCCCCAAAGACAGGCCGACUGAACAAGAACCGCAGGGAUGGAUGGGCUACUUCGGUCAGGCCCUCAAGUCCUCCGCGACCUACUUACCUAGUCAGAUGACCGAGAUGUUUAACCAGGGCCGAGCUUUUGCAACAGCCCGCUUACCUAACUCAGGGAUGCAUAAUGUCUGUGCCCUGGCCACGAUACAGAAAGUUCCAAGACAGCUUGUUGUUUCACAGGAUGGUUACUUGUACAUCUACAACCUAGAUCCAAAUGAAGGAGGAGAAUGUAUGCUGUUGAGACAACACAGACUGGAUGGCAGAGCGGGAGACAGUCCAGUUCCAGAGGUGACCCCCACAGAUCGACCUUUGACCCAUCCGACCAGCGGAACCAGUUAUGCUUCAUCAGUCAAGAAACCCGAGUCUUCAGUUGUCCCACCAGGUAAGGCUUGGGAGUCCAGCAAGCAGGGGGUGCCACCUCUCUCCCCCGUCUGUGUGGCCCCAGGUCAUGUGAUUGGGAGCUACGCGGCGGUGUUGAAGAAGAAAGGGGGGCCACAGGAUGUCAGUGAACCACUCAGUCCUUCUUGUGAAAUUGAUGAGAUUUUGUGUGACCCAGAAUCACAACCAUACCAAGAACUGGAGCAGGGAAGCACGGGGGAGGGUGAGGGGACAGGACUGGGUCAUCUACGACUGGACGACGAUAACGAAUUUCCGCCUAUGACGCACAAGAGUGAUUAAAGACGAACAUGUUUGGCGUAAAUCAUAACAGGUGGAAAAAAUAACCUUAUGAAAAGAAGAUUGAGUGUAACUGCUCCAUCUUGUUUGAUGGACAGUUCUAUCUCUGAAGUGAUUGUAUGUGAAGGUCAGAGAUAAGUAGAGGAAGACAUUUCUUUGUGGGUUUUUUUUUUUUUUUUUUUUUUAAUGAUUUGGCUGUCUUUGGUUGUUAACAUUGUGCAAUGUUCAUCAAAGUUGCAUUUGAAAAGAUUCUAGUGAAAAAAAAAAUAUGGUUGCAUAUCUAGUGUAAUUACAUUUAAUUAUAAAAAAAAAUAUGGUUGCAUAUAUAGUGUGAUGUGCGUUAUUGGUAAAACAAUAUUAAUAAGGCCAGUGAGUUUCCAACGACAAACAUUAUUCAAGGUUUUCAAGCAGAGAAAGUGUACUUGCAAGUUUUAUGGGGAAAAAAAAUUUAGGUGUCUUGUACUAACAUGUAUUUAAUAAAAAACCAUUUUAUGUCACCACAUGUUUGAGUAAGACAUCACCAUGGUUACCAUGGUUUAUUAUCAAGGUACAAAUGAAAUAUUUAUGAAUUGUUAUGAAGCCCUUUGAUAGCUGGAUAUCAUUGAUUGGUAUUUGAAGUCUUUUACUGUUCAAUGCUAAAAUAUUUCUUAGAUGUUUAGGGGUGUAUGAAGUAUUUUUGGAAUGUUUAAAACAAACACAUUCAACUUUUCUAAAACUUUAUUACAACCACUUUUCAAAAAAGAUAACUAACAGUAAUUUUUUGAAAUAAUUAAAUUUUUAAACUCCUGCAAAUCAAGUUUGACAGAAAUUUCUUUCUGAAUACAUGGAGUAAUUUCUGUAUGUGGCAUUCAAAAUUACAUGUACUGUGGAAUCAUUAGAUUUCGUGGUGGCUCAAUUUUCAUGGAAUUCGUGGGUACCUUUCAUCCAUGAAUUUACAUCCUCCACGAAUUACAAAAUAAUGAUUUUUAAGUCAUAUUUCUUUUAUCAGGUGUACGAUCAAACACGAAAUUACGUCCCCAUGAACCUGUGACAUUUAAACAAUCCACGAAAAUUGGCCCCCAUGAAUUUAAAUGAUUCCACAGUAUAUGUAUUCAAGUGGUCAGCUGAAAUUUUAUUCGGGACCAUAAAACCUCAACAUGAAUAGCUGGGGUAAAAAAAAAAUAAAAGAUAAGGAUGUAUAGGGAAAGAAAGCGGAAUAUAUUCAUUGAUAAUUAUGAUUAAAUCUGUAGUGGUGGUACAGGAAAGUAUAUCUUAGUUCUUCAUUUUUUAAAUGCAAAUUUCAUAAUGUAUAUAAACCAUGUAAUUAAACAUCUCAUGGGACGAGUUUAUGGUUUAAUUUGGUUAUCGUGGCACAGAUUUCAUUGGAAAUGGUUGUUACUAAAAAAAAAAAUGAUGCAUCUAUAUAUAGGAUCAAAGGAAAUGAAAUAUGAAAAGAGAAGAAAAAAAUGGAAUUGGAUAUUCUUAAAAUAUUUGUUUUAACUGUUCAUCCUUGUACUGUUUUCAUACAUGUAUUAUCACUGGGAGUAAACAUUAGUCAUAUUCAUGUAUCACUACUAGUAUGCUUUCAAUUUCCAAUUUAGAUUACCUAGCUAUGAGCAAACUGCCAUUGUUGUGUACAAAUUUAAUGUCACCACUUUCAAAGUAUUCCUUUAUUACAUGCUUAAUUUUGCAGGUGAAAAGCUACAUAUACUUUUUUUUAAAGAACAUUUAAGGACCCUUGAUACACCAUAAACUUAUAAAUAACUCAAAGUGAAAAUAAAAAAGAUCAACUUAAAACAUAAUAUACACUUUUAUUUUCUCAAAAUAAAAAAAAAAUACAAGUUGUAAUGGUGUAUUGAGGGUCCUUAAAGUAAACUUUUAGGACAGUCAACUUCCGUUAAUAGUUCAACCAACACUCAAUCAUGCUCAGUAUUUUUAAAAAGUACUGUAGUUCAUCAUACAUUUAGUUAAUCAGUCAAAAUAAAAAAUAAUUAUAGUAAGAACAAACAGCUGUUCAUUUUUAGCUUAUCACAAGUCUCACUUACACUUCAGUAUACAAUUUUUACAAACAUCCUACAAGCAUGUACAUUUGCAUUACACGCGGAUAAUUUGGAUAGACUUUGACAGUUAAAUUUUGUGAUACACUGUUAUUGCUUUUCUGUCUUCCAUUUUCCUUCCUAAUGAUAAUAAGCUGUAUUCUGUUUGGCUACAUUUCAAUGUUAAAAUGUAAGAAUUGCUUUUAAUUUAUUUCCAUUGGUAUGAAUGUUUUGUUUGCUAUCAAGUGUGAUUCAUGAGACAUUAAACGGUCAUCUUACCCCCAUUCCUGCUGUAUCAUACAUGAAAGAAAUAAUGUCAUAAAUGUACACCAAAAAUAAAAGGAUAGUAUGUGUAUAUUAAACAAGUUUUUUUUCUUUAUGUUUUUGCAUCAAUGCUUUUCAUCCUUUCAAAACGGAACCGGAAAUGCUUUUUCUUUCGUCUGCCAUUGGAAGAUGUUUCCAUGGAAUCAUUUAUUUGUGUAAUAAAAUUCUAAAAGUGGUUAAAAUCUUUAAUUGAAUGAAAGUUGAGCAUGGCAAAUCCAUUUAAUGCAUAGCAUUUACAUGUACCAAACUGUACAUUCUUUCAAGCCAUAGAGCUCCCUCAAAGUACAUUAAUAGCCGGGGUUUGCGAUGUCGAAGGAAACCAUACACAUCCCUAAAUAUUUUUCUUCUGAUGUUCAAAAUCAGGUCUCGCUUUCUUUUGGCCAGUGGAUUGAUAUUGUCUCUUGAAAAUGAUUUCCAUGUCUGAUGUAUUAAGACUAAAAAUAUACUUAUAUCAAUAAGAUAUACACCGUGUUCUGUGUUUAAUUGUUUCUCCUUACUAAAAAUAUACAUGUAGUAUAUUAUUACAUGCAAGACGCAGAUUUUAUGCCUGUUUAUUGUGGUGUAUUUCAAGUUAUCAAUUUCUUCUGCUUCUUGAAAGCUUAUAUAGUUAUAUUGCCUUGUUACGAUAUCACCGUUGUUUGUUGAACUUAUAAAAUGUAUAUACAUAUAUAUGUUUUACAAACCUUGUCCCUUUGACUGCUGUUAUAUGUAUAUAUGUGUAUUCAAAAUAUUCCCCUGUAAUUAAAUAAGUUCAGACUCAUAAUUUUGCACGCACAAUGCUACUCCGUUCAAUAUUGUGUGUUAUAAUUGAUACAUGCAAUGUAUUGGUGAAGACCAAAAUAAAGUGUAGGUAAAGUUG